AUGGCCGCCAUCCUUUUCUUUCUUUUUCUCCUUUCUUUCUGCUUCUAUUUUCGCUCUUCUUUCCAUUCCUUUCCUUUUCUCUUUCCUUUCUUUCCUUCUAUUUCUUCUUCUGUCAUCGUUCCUUCUUUUCUUUCUUAUUUUUAUUUCUUUAUUUUUAUUUCUGUCUCUUCUUCUUCCGUUUUUAUUAUUUCUUCCUCUUUUAUUUAUUCCCUCCUGUUUCAUUCUUUUUUUUUUCAUUUUCCUGUGGUUCUUCUUUCCUCGUUCUUUGUAUUUCUUCUUCUUUUUAUUUCUUUGCUUUUUAUUGUCUCUUCUUCCCACGUUUUUUAUCCUUUCUUCUUUCUAUUUGUCUUUGCUUUGCCUUUUGCUUCUUCUUUCCCCGUUUUUUCUAUUCCUUACUCAGUUUAUUUCUUUCCUUUUCUUUGUCUUUACUUGUUCUUUUUUUUUCUUCUUCUUUCUAGUUUUGACUUUCUUCUUCUUCUUCUUCUUCUUCUACUACUACUACUACUACUACUACUAGUAUUAGUGGUAGUACUACUACAACUACUACUACUAUUAGUUCUUUCUAUUCAUUCGUCCAUUUCGUUAUCUUUUCUGUCUAUUCUACCCCUUCAUUCCUCUUUCUAUUUCUUUCUUUCUGUCUCGUCUGCAUUUUUGGUUCCUUCCUCUUCACAUUUCUUUACGUUUCUUUCUACCUUUUCCUCCCCCUUCCUUUCUAUCACAUUUUACCUCUUUCACUGCAUGCCCUUUUUUCUAUCUUUCUAUCACUUUCAUCCCAUUCUUUUUAUUUCUCGUUCUCGCUUUCUUUCUAUUUCUCGUUCUCCCUUUCUUUCUAUUUCUCGUUCUCUCUUUCUUUCUAUUUCUUGUUCUCUCUUUCUUUCUAUUUCUCGUUCUCUCUUUCUUUCUAUUUCUCGUUUUCCCUUUCUUUCUAUUUCUCGUUUUCCCUUUCUUUCUAUUUCUUGUUCUCUCUUUCUUUCUAUUUCUCGUUCUCCCUUUAUUUCUAUUUCUCGUUCUCCCUUUCUUUCUAUUUCUUGUUCUCCCUUUUUUUCUAUUUCUCGUUCUCCCUUUCUUUCUAUUUCUCGUUCUCUCUUUCUUUCUAUUUCUUGUUCUCUCUUUCUUUCUAUUUCUCGUUUUCCCUUUCUUUCUAUUUCUCGUUUUCCCUUUCUUUCUAUUUCUUGUUCUCUCUUUCUUUCUAUUUCUCGUUCUCCCUUUCUUUCUAUUUCUUGUUCUCCCUUUCUUUCUAUUUCUCGUUCUCUCUUUCUUUCUAUUUCUUGUUCUCCCUUUCUUUCUAUUUCUCGUUCUCCCUUUCUUUCUAUUUCUCGUUCUCUCUUUAUUUCUAUUUCUCGUUCUCCCUUUCUUUCUAUUUCUUGUUCUCUCUUUCUUUCUAUUUCUCGUUCUCUCUUUCUUUCUAUUUCUCGUUUUCCCUUUCUUUCUAUUUCUCGUUUUCCCUUUCUUUCUAUUUCUUGUUCUCUCUUACUUUCUAUUUCUUGUUCUCCCUUUCUUUCUAUUUCUCGUUCUCCCUUUCUUUCUAUUUUUCGUUCUCCCUUUCUUUCUAUUUCUUGUUCUCCCUUUCUUUCUAUUUCUUGUUCUCUCUUUCUUUCUAUUUCUUGUUUUCCCUUUCUUUCUAUUUCUCGUUCUCCCUUUCUUUCUAUUUCUUGUUCUCCCUUUCUUUCUAUUUCUCGUUCUCCCUUUCUUUCUAUUUCUUGUUCUCUCUUUCCUUCUAUUUCUUGUUUUCCCUUUCUUUCUAUUUCUUGUUCUCCCUUUCUUUCUAUUUCUCGUUCUCCCUUUCUUUCUAUUUCUCGUUCUCUCUUUCUUUCUAUUUCUUGUUCUCCUUUCUUUCUUUUUUUUCUUGUUUUCCCUUUCUUUUCUCCCUUUCUCGUUUUCCCUUUCUUUCUGUUUCUUUGUUUUCCCUUUCUUUCUAUUUCUCGUUCUCCCUUUCUUUCUAUUUCUCGUUCUCUCUUUCUUUCUAUUUCUCGUUCUCCCUUUCUUUCUAUUUCUUGUUCUCCCUUUCUUUCUAUUUCUCGUUUUCCCUUUCUUUCUAUUUCUUGUUUUCCCUUUCUUUCUAUUUCUCGUUCUCCCUUUCUUUCUAUUUCUCGUUCUCCCUUUCUUUCUAUUUCUCGUUCUCUCUUUCUUUCUAUUUCUCGUUCUCUCUUUCUUUCUAUUUCUUGUUUUCCCUUUCUUUCUAUUUCUUGUUUUCCCUUUCUUUCUAUUUCUCGUUCUCCCUUUCUUUCUAUUUCUUGUUUUCCCUUUCUUUCUAUUUCUCGUUUUCCCUUUCUUUCUAUUUCUUGUUCUCCCUUUCUUUCUAUUUCUCGUUUUCCCUUUCUUUUAUUUCUCGUUCUCUCUUUCUUUCUAUUUCUUGUUCUCUCUUUCUUUCUAUUUCUUGUUUUCCCUUUCUUUCUAUUUCUUGUUUUCCCUUUCUUUCUAUUUCUCGUUCUCCCUUUCUUUCUAUUUCUUGUUCUCCCUUUCUUUCUAUUUCUCGUUCUCUCUUUCUUUCUAUUUCUUGUUUUCCCUUUCUUUCUAUUUCUCGUUCUCCCUUUCUUUCAAUUUCUCGUUCUCCCUUUCUUUCUAUCUUCGUUUCCUUAUCUCAUCACCAAACCAACAUCAGGCAUACGGUCACAUCACGUUGAAACACCGGUUGCCCAUGCUGGUGUGAUCCAUGUAAAUGAUUACGGUUUCACCUGGUAUAUCUAUCUAUCUAUCUAUCUAUCUAUCUAUCUAUCUAUCUAUCUAUCUAUCUAUCUAUCUUUUUCAUAUCUCUAUAUAUCUAUACAUCCACGCAUUUCUCUCUCUCGCCCUCUCUGUCUUCAGAGGGACGCUGUAAACCUUUCCUUUUUACCUUUGUUCAUUCUCUCUUUUCGUUUUUUCUCUGCUUUUUUUAUUUACAAUUUCAAAUUUUUCUUCGUUCAUACUAUGUCUUUCUUCCUGAUUUUUUUUCUUACUUUGUUUGUUUUUUCUUUUUCUUUCUUUCCUCUUUUCUUCAUUUUCUUUAUUUCUUACUUUGCUUUCUUUCAUUCUUUUUUCUCUCACUUUUUAUUCUUCUUUCUUUUCUUUUUGUUUUUCUUUCUUAUCUAUCUUUAUGUAAUUUUUCCUUCUUUUCUCUUUCUUUCUUUCUUUCUUUCUUUUCCAAUUUCGUUCUUUCGUUCUUUCCUUUCUUUCUUUGUUUUCUUUUUGUUACUUUUCUUUUUCAUUCUUCAUUAUUUCCUUUUUUUCUUUCUUUUCUUGUCCUUUCUUUUCUUUUUCCUUCUUUUUCUUCAUUUUCUUUAUUUCUUUUUUCUUACUUUUCUUUCUUUCUUUCUUUCUUUCUUUUCCAAUUUCGUUCUUUCGUUCUUUCCUUUCUUUCUUUGUUUUCUUUUUGUUACUUUUCUUUUUCAUUCUUCAUUAUUUCCUUUUUUCUUUCUUUUCUUGUUCUUUCUUUUCUUUUUCCUUCUUUCUUUUUCUUCAUUUUCUUUAUUUCUUUUUUCUUACUUUUCUUUCUUUCUCUCUUUUGUCCCCCAUAUUUUAACGACUUAUCUCUUCCCUAUUCCAGUCCCCAAUCAAAUAUACUCUGCGAUCACUUUCUCCAUUUUUAUGUUAUUUAAUUUUUCUGCCUCUCCCGCAUUCUCUUUAAAACAACUUACAUAUUCCUUGUCUUCUUUCUAUUCCACCCUUCCGAAGUAG